AUGGCAGGGAAGCCCCUGAAGAAGUCCUCCCUCCCCGGGGUGAGCAUCCGGCAGCUGGUGGAGGAGAUCCCUGAAGGCUGCAGCACCCCGGACUUUGAGAGGAAGCCGGUCCCCUUGGCUCUGCAGGAGGGGAAAAAUGCCAUCUUUCGUGCUGUGGUCUGCGGGGAGCCCAGACCUGAGGUACACUGGCAGAGCACCAAAGGGCACCUCAGUAACUCCAGCAAGUACCAGCUCUCCUUUGCCCCCGGCAGCGAGGAGCACGUGCUGCAGGAAGACCAUCAAUGUGUCUUGCCUCUCUCCCUGCCUGUCCAUGUCAACUCCCUCCUCUUCUCCCUGGAUGGUCCAGUUGGCUUUCGGAAGAACCGGAAGAGGCACAAUGAACCCCAGGAGGACCUCAGGAAGGAGCUGAUGGACUUCCGGAUGAUGCUGAAAAAGAGGGCCCCGCCUCCAACCCCUCCAAAAAAGAUUGACCUCGAGCAGGUGUGGCAGUUGCUGAUGACAGCAGACCGGAAGGACUACGAGCGGAUCUGCAUGAAGUAUGGCAUUGUCGAUUUCCGGGGCAUGCUGCGCAAGCUGCAGGCGAUGAAGAAGGAGAGGGAGGACAAGAUGGCACAGUAUAUUAGCAUCAUCUCCAACUUGAGACACAUCAGGGUCACCAAGGAGGGGACUGCAAUGUUUGACUUGGAGCUGCAUCUCAAGAAUCCUGGGAGCAAGAUUUACCUGUAUAAAGACGGCGAGAUGAUCCCCUGUGGCCAUGACAAUGAGACCAAGCACUGCCUGCGGUGACUGGGGAAACGCUACCACUUCCAGAUCCGGGACCUGCGGCCUGAGGAUGCCGGCAUCUACCAGGUCAAGGUGGAGGAUGCUGUCGUCUUCUCCACAGAGCUGGAUGCGGGCGCCAUCGCCCCCAGCGUGGUGGUCCCGCUGGCUGAAGCCCACUGUGAGGAGGAGGGUGAGGCGGCCUCUGAAUGUACUCUCUCCAACCCCUGCCCCAAUGCUGUCUGGCAUUUCCAGCACCGGCCGCUCCGGCCCAGUGAGAGACAUGAAGUGCUUAUGUCCCCCGAUGGGCGGACCCACCGGCUGGUGGUGAGGGGGGCCCGUUUCUCAGACAUGGGCCUCUACUCGCUGAGCACUGGGCUGCACGCUGCCAGCGCCUGGCUGGUGGUUGAAGCUGGGAAGGAUAAAGGCCUUCAGACUGCAAGUUUGGACCACCAGCCACGGGCGCAUGGAGCCUCAGAAGCAGAAGACUCUGGGACCAUCAGUAGUGAGGGAGGGAAACCCAGAGAGCAGGGCUCCAUGAGAGACUCCCUCGAGGUGGCUGGGCUGGCUUCUGGGCUCCAGCUCACAGCUGGCCCAGACGGGGGUGGCCUUGGCAGGCAUGGCUACUCCUCCAUAGGAGAUGAAGAAGCAGCUGACCCAGCCUGGGGCCCUGAGCAGGAGAGAACGGCCUUUCUAGAAGCAGAGGGAGGCAGAGUCACUCCUGGGGAAAAUCAGCCCCACAGAGGGGGAGGCUGGGGUGCAAGCCUUCCAGAGAAGUCCCAUCUACAAGGAAAGGGCCCAGAACCAGGGCUGGUCCUCACAGAGAGACAACAGCAAGAUCACGGCAGGGACAGCGAUGGUGGUAGAUGCUGGGGGACGGCAGGAGGCUGGGAGGCUGGGUCCAGUGGGCCUCAGGUUGGAGGACCAGGGAGCAGCAGGGAAGGAAAGGAGCACAGUGAAGACCACAGACGUCAACUGGAUAGGCAUGGCCAGGAACAGCUCUGGGGUGCUCAGCUGGGGCCUGGGAUAGGAAAGAGGGCCCUGCGGGGACCCCAGUCCAGUCGUGGGUCUUGGCUGAAAGGGGAAGGGAAGGAGAACGUUCCUCAGGGUGAUAAUUUGGAUGAGGUGGAAGGAGGGGACAGUCUGAGUAGGGAAAGGGAGAGAAGAGCAGCAAGGGCAGUGUGGGGUAGCGGGCCUGGCCUGGGGGGAGCUGGAGAUAGCGGUGGGGUAGGAGGUCCUGGCACCCUGGACUUUCCUGGAGGAAGAGGUUCUAGCUCCAAGGCAGGUGUGGGCCCUGAAUCCUGGGGCUCUCAGGGAGGUAGAGAUACUGAUCACGGGGAAGCCAGGGGCUACAGGGGGCCGGGGGAGUAUGGAGGACAGACAUCUGGAGGAAAGGACUUCCAGGAAUCACCAAUAUCCAGAAAAUUUCUCCAGGGCAGUGGAAGUUCUGGGGCCAAAGCUGAGGGCUCGCUGCAGGAGGCGGAUGCCCAAGGGCCGGGGGGGUCUGUUGUUGUGGGAAGAGGCUAUAAAACAGGCCCUGGAGGCCCAGGAGGUCCCAGGGACUGGGAAGGCAGCUUACAGGAGCUCAGGGGAAGGGAUGGCCAGGAGACAGCUGGGGCCUUGGGCAGGGCAAGGGAUGGUUCCAGAAGCCACCAGUCUUCCCAGGACUGGACAGAGAGUCAGAGGGGAGCAGGGGGGCCCAGCAGAACACAGUCUGAGAGCACAGGUCCUAGGGGUGACACAUGGUCCAGCCUCAGAAAAACAGGGGCCCACCAUGGGCCUGAAGUGCUGGGGUCCAGUGGAGGGAAAGGGGGUGUGGUUGGUGCCCAGGUGGCUGGGCCGACAGAAUCUGGUCAGGGAGUGGAUGCCAGAAGCCACAGGCUAAUUGGGUCUCCAGGGCUGGAUGCUCAGGGCUCUGGGAGGACACGAGGAGACACAGAAGGAUUAAGAGGUCCUGGGGCAACAGAGUCUGAACCAGAUUUCUGGAAUGGGUUGGGGAACUCUGGAGAAAAAGGACCCAGAAGAGACAUGGGCCAUAAGGAUGGCUUAGGAGGUCUGGGGAGGAUGAAGCCUAGGUAUGGAGAUGGCUUAAAUUAUUCCCGGGAAAAAGGUCCUGAAAAAGGGGCUGGUUAUAGCGAUGGCUCAGGGGUGCCAGGAGAAACGGGCUCUGGUCACUGUGCUGGUAGAGUCACCUCUAGGGCACCUGUGGAAACAGAGUCUGAGAAAGGGGGUACUUACAGGCAUGGCUCAGGGGUGCCUGGGGGAAUGCAGUCUGGAAACAAAGAUGGUUGUGAGCCCGCAGGAAGGGGGCCUGGAGCGACCAGUCUCCAGAAUGGCUCAGGUGGCCCUGAUGGAUGGCCCGUGGGUGAAGCUGGGAAUUGGGAAUUAUCCAGAGGCCAGGGGGAAAUGGGCCCUGGGAGAGGACAUCCUUCUGAUGAUGACCUAGGAGGUCCUGGGACAGUGGGGUUUGUGGGUAGAGGUGGCCUCAAGUCGUCUAGAACAGUGGAAACUGCUGGGGAGGAACGCGUGGAAGCAGGAGCAGGGGGCUCUGGAAGAAUCAAGCCUCGGGGUCAGACUGGAGAUGACGGGGGCUUCCGCGCUUCAGGGGCGCUGGGGGCCUUUGGAGAAAGAGGCUGUGAAGAUGGAUCUGGGCAUCCAGGAACCAUGGAGCCUGGGUCUCUGAGGGCAGAAGGCAUAGCGGGGGAUGGGGACGGGACCAGGUACCUUGGUGCCAGGGCAUCCGCAGCUGGAACUGGGCAUUGGGACAAUGCCAGGCACCCUGAGGCACUAGCUCCUCAUGCUGGGGCUGGUUCUGGGAGCCA